AUGGCUCCUAUAAUACCAAUACCACAAGCCGAGCGCCCACCUGAUAAGCCCGUCCCUAGAGGACCUAAAUCUCCAGCUCGGACUGCGCAGAUACAAUCGCAGAAUCGAAGGCGUGAGUAUCUCGCUCGGCAUCCCUCUUACUUUGAGAGCCUUGAGCAUGAGCUUGCUGAUCCUGUGCUAUAUGAGCGGCUAGUCAAGAGGCUCCAGACAGCUUCAGAGCGUGAGGCUGAGGGCAAAGCAAAAGGCUAUGGCCGGACGCUGGAGGCUGAUCUACAACGAGGAGAAUCCAAACUCACUCAGCUCAAGGAAGGCGACGGAGCCGAUAAUUCAAUUGGUGAUCUUGAGCAUCCCUGGGAGAAGCCAGCUACCGACAAGGCUCAUGGUAUGCUCUUAUGGCAUGCCUUCCUUGAAGAGCGGUUCGUCCAUGGCCUGGACGAGGAUUUCGACUAUAGGCCAGUCGAUGCUAAUGAAGAUCUCGAUACCAUGCUUAGACGAGAUGCUCAAGAUGCGUGGUUUGACGAUGAAGAACCAAGCUGGAUAGAUGAGGAUGAACCAUCGAUACAAGCAGCAAGGCGGCAGGGCGAGACUGGCGUCCAGGACUUUUAG